AUGAGCUCCGGAAACAAAGCUGACUGUCCUUGGGAAAUAAGCCCAGAUGUAGAACGACUUCGGAAACAGCAUGCCUGGGUUCAGAGAUGCCUUGACAACAAGAUUGUCUUUGCACCAAUGCCACUGGAUAAAGAAGGACUCAAGAUUCUCGACGUCGGAUGCGCCGAUGGAGUUUUGCUUCGAGACCUGAAGAAGCAGGUUCCUCCAUCUGCUCAGCUCGUUGGCGUUGAUAUUGUCGAGGCCUUUCUACCUGAUUCCGAAGGGGGCAUUCGCUUUGAAGUUUACGACCUUUGUGGAUCGCUCAGAGAACAACUUGUCGGAGCCUUUGACUUGACACACAUGAGGUACAGCACCCUUGGAGCUGCCAAGGUAGGCUAUCAAGAAGCCAUUGAACAUCUCGUCUCUACGGUUGCUCCUGGAGGUUGGCUGCAGGUCCACGAGCUUGACUUUGACCUAACAGAUCGGCCCAACGUAGGUCCAGCGUGGAGAGAUAUGAGCAACCUCAUCGCAGCCAUGUUUGAUGGUAUGGGCAUGGGAUCCGAUUGCAUUCGCAAACUACCUGGCGCAUUCAAGGCUGCAGGGUUCGAGAACGUGACCGUUCAUUCGGUAGAUCUGCCUAUGGGCAAGCUGCUGGGUGACGAUGAAGCAGCCGAGUUAUCGUGGCAGCCUUUCGUGAUUAUCAUCCCAAGCCUCCUUGAGGGCGCAAAGGCCCUUGGUGUCAAACUACCUGUUACGUAUGAGAAUUUGGCUGAGAGGUUUGAGAAGGAAGUUAAGGAAAAGGGUGCCAUGUUUCGGGCUUUGGUCACAAUUGGGCAAAGGCCAGCGUAA